CAUAAUAAACAGAGACAAAGAGGGCGGGACUUGUUCCUACAACCCUUUUGGGUUCGCAGACCUCCGGCUCCUCGGCUCACCAGACGCCGCUCGCCACCAUGAUCCGGUACCUGCUGGUACCCGUCCUGCUGCUGCUCGCUGACGUGGAAUCACAGACCAACAUGACCGAGGAGGAGUGGAGCCACGUAGAGAGGAACCAAACAUCCUCGGAGUCCACCCCCAAAACCAGUACGAUGACACCAGGCAGCAUGACACCAGGUACCAUGACACCAGGUACCAUGACACCAGGCAGCAUGACACCAAGCAACAUGACAUCCAGCUGGUACAAAAGCGAGACCAGUCUAAUCGAGGGCAAACUGCAAAGCAACCAAACAUCCGGCUUCGUUAGCGAGGAGGACGAGACAUUUCAGAAGCAGGAAAACUCAAUCCGGGGAAGAUGCAAUGAGACUGUUCUGAUAGAACUGAGUCACUUCUACUGUGGCGCAGAUUUUCACACAGAAAUGUCGUUCAUCAGCCCAAUGAAAUGGUGUGAGAUGGAAUAUAUCAUCAGGCCGUACAACACGUUGUCGAACUGCUUGGAGUUACUGUCACAUUUGGCUGGCUGUUUUAGCCCUAAUCCCAUCACCCAGGACUUCUUCCUCUCCAUUCACUCUCACUACUUCCAUAACUGCUCCAAGGAGGAUCUUCAGUUCGAGGACCCCCCUCACGGACUGGUGGUCGCCCUGACCCUCGUCCCAGUGAGCAUCAUCCCCGUACUGGUUUAUCUGGUGGUUUGCAAGAGUGGUGUCUGAGCCGCGAGGCUCCAUUUGUUCAUCAAUCAGGAAGCCUAAUGGAGAUCUGCAUGUCGGGAUGCACAACCUCACUUCAUCAAGGAAUACAGUCCUCAGAGAGAGUGAGGACGAAGACACAAAGCAAACAUCACAAGACGGCUGUGCAAAUAAAUAGGAAUGACUGAUUUUUAAGUGUAAAUAGCCAUCGGUAGACCAACAAAUGUUAAAUAAAAUUGGAGAAAAAUAACAUCAUACUACAGAUCAAGCUUAAUGGAAUGUGUGAACAUUCAAGUAAAUAGAUACAUAGAAUAUACUGAAUUCCCUGUGAGGGGGGGGACACAAUUUGAAAUCAGUUUACUUUUUCAUUUACAAUACUUCUACUCCUUUAAUGCAUUCACGUAUGUGUCUGGUGUUUCCUUCCUCGUCCAUAAGAAUAAACUCAACCCGUAGCUGUGUGUUCGAUCCU